AACAACGCCGCCAUCGGUGCACGCACUAGCAUCCUGCACGAGACUGACAUGAAGAUCUUCGACGACGUGUUCAGGAUCGACGUGCGCGGCGUAUACCUGCUCACCAAGCUGCUGGCGCCAGCCCUCAUUGAGACCAAGGGAAAUAUCAUCAAUGUCUCCAGUAUUGCCGGAACAGUUGUCGCUGUUGGCUCUCUACCAUACGGCAUGGCAAAGGCUGCACUGGACCACUUCACUCGCCUAGUGUCUCUUGAGCUGGCUCCAAAGGGCGUCAGAGUUAACACAGUCAGCCCAGGCCUUACUAUAACCAACUUUUUGAAGAAUAUUAUCCAUUGCUCGGACGACGAGUAUAAACAGUGGUUGGAAAUUGCAAAGAAAAAUGUCCCUAUGGGUGACCCGUGCGUGGGAGAGGACAUCGCCAAGAUGAUCGUUCACGUCGCCAGCGAGCACAGCAGGCUAGUCACAGGGACCAUCGUCGAAGUGGACGGCGGCCUAAGGUUCAACAACCUGUCAAACACGCUCGUCACACAUGUCAAGUGAUUCUAGAUCUAAUUAUUUAUAAUUAAAGUCUGAGUUAAGGAAAUAAAAAUAAACAAAUUGAAUGAAAUAAAU